AUGACUGAGGGAAGAGCACCACGCAAUGCGUUACUGGACUUGUUCGGCGAGAAGAACCAGAACUUGUCGGCUCUGCACAAAAACGAAUUCGGGACUCUCAAACCAAGCAAGCAAGGACAGAAAGUCUACAGCAAGAUCGACAACGCUAUCCAAAAGUACCAAAAGAAGGCUUCCAAAGCUGUACCUCAACACUCGAACCGCGCCUUACCCAAAGGAAUCAGCGGGGACAGAUACCCCAGUGUCGUUCUUGACCUAUGGGAAAUACUUGCCUUCCGGGAGGACGGGAUGGAUCUGAGAAGAGUUGACAUAUUCUUCGCGGCAAUUGAUGACUACGAACACACUGGAGACGAGGAGGUGAAAUCUCAGUCAGCAUACAUUACCGUGCAGGCGUUGUGUCUGGUCGAUCCGACGAUGGCCUUCACGGGUAUGAACAAGGAGAAAACAACGCCUUUUGAGAAUGCUGCCGAGUCUGGAUUUCCUGCAAUUGUCAACGUCAUGGUUGCUGAAUUGCUGACGUCCAUGGAAAAGGAUUAUCCGGAUGAGGCGGAACGGAAGGAAAAGGCACGAAGAGUGUAUAUCUCCGGCCACCGCAGUGGCUCAUCCAAAACUGCGUUCCAUCUCGCCGCCGAAGUGCUAUCUUAUGGUGUUCUGGAGCUGCUUUUGCAAGACUUUCCACAACUUGCCGACAUGGGGAGCAUCAUGGCUACCAUGAAGGGAGCGGGGCCCAAUGGAAAACAGAAAAACCAGGACGCAGCGCUCAAUGCAUUUGAGCUGAUAUUGAGACACAUGAACACGACUAAAGAUCAGGCAAAAGAUAUUUGGCAAGAAGCAGUCAAGACAUCUUCUCUCAAAGUGGUCCACCACCUUCUCCAAGAGACGGGUUCGGCGGGAAAAGAGAGGUUUGCCACGUACGAAAACGCCAAGUUUGUGAUGCAGCAGGGCAACAAAGACAUGUGGGAGAAAUUUGAUCAAGAAGACCGCGAAAAGUUCUUGAGGAAGAUGCCGCAAGGCCAGCAGGAUCUCCUCCAUACGGCGGUGGAGAGUUGUAAGGCCGACAUUGUGGAGCAGAUUAUCAAAGAUUUUCCAGACCAGGUCGAGAUCGAUAUCGGUUCUACGGACACGCCGCGGUAUCCGAUAUACGUCCUGGGAGAGGUGAAGAAGGCUGGCCGUUCCGGUGAUGCAUACAAAAAGAUUCGUAACGUGCUGCUGCAUGCCAUGAUUCGUAGCAACACUGAGGAAAUGGGAAUUCGGGAGAUUCGAAGGAUGCUUCGGGACUCUGGAGUGGAUGCCGACACUAUUUGUCUCCACCUGUCAAACAUCGAUACCGAAGAGCAAAGGUUCAUUGAGUAUGUCCAGUGGCUACAAGACCAAGAUGACACAAUGGGCAAGGUAUUCAAGUUCGAGAGUAUCCUCAAGUAUGCAAACUUCCCAGACCUACACAACGAAAUGCCCAGACACGAGGACGUAGUCGCAAGUCUGAAGGCGGACCAUAACGAGAUAAAAAUCGUAGUCGACUGGCUACGGAGGCGUGGAGUAACGCAGAUCCUGGAGCUGUCAGUACCCGACCGCCUUUUUGGCCCGCAUUCAGAUACCGAUGUUCGCGAUUGUGUAGUCGGCUCAGCAGUGCGCGUACUCAAGUGGCGGAAGCUUGAUCUCUACUUAGGAAACUUGACAGAUAAGGACGACUUACAGGAGCUUUGCCUUUACAGCAGCGGGAAUCCAUCUGUCCAUGAGCAGUGGUAUCGAGAACUGCCAAACUUCAAAAAUUUGAAAAAGCUACAUGUAUUUGUCGUAGUCGAUGUUCUCAGCAAGCGUCGUGUCAAAGAAGUCAAGGCCGAGCUUCAGGAAAGGCUAGAUGCCAUCAACAGACAGCAGGGUGAGCGUUGGACGAAAGACUGCAGGGAUCUCGAAAAAGAGCUAGUAAACGAGAAAGAGUGUCGGAAGGUUCCAGUGGCGGAGUAUCACUGGGUCACGGACAGGAAACAAAGAACUUAUCGGAACUUAUCAGAGAUAACCAAUGAUGUCGUUGGACCAAAGCUGGCUAGCUUCAUUGGGAAGUAUCAUGCCGCCACGAGGAACAGAACAAGCUAUACCAGGACCAAAGUGGCGCUAAUCGACAGCGGCGUCGUCCUUGUAAGCGGAAAAGCCAAGACAAAGAUACAAGCGCAGACAGCCGAAAGGAAGAGGGAGACUACACAGGGCAAAGAGUCGAUGAUUGAAGAAGUCGGCGGGGAUGAAACGGAAGCCAUCAUCAAGUCUCAUUCGUCCGCUAACGAUCUGGCAUCCCGCGUCGUAGAUGGCAAAUCAUUUGUAAAUACAGGCGACGACGAAGAGCAGGUGUGGUGGCACGCUUCCGAGCCGCACGGAACACAGAUGGCACGGCUCAUCUGCUCGAUUGACCCAUGCUGCAAGCUUCACGUCGUCAAAGUAACCGAAACACGAAACUCGGGAAUUUCAGCAAAUACCGUGGCUGAGGCUAUCCGCUGGGCCAUUUCCAGAGACGUCGACGUUAUAUGUCUAAGUCUCGUAGCGUACACGAACACGCAGGAAAUGAGCGAAGCCAUACUAGAAGCUUCAGAGAAGGACAUUGCUAUCCUAUCAAGCACCGCAGACGAAGGCCUCGUGAUCAAAGAUAACGCUGCCAACCAGAAGCGUAUUCGCAACAACAGACACGUCUUCAGCAUCGCGGCAUGCGAUCGAUAUGGCAACUUACUGGACCGUAGCCAGAAGGAGGGCUACGACUAUCGCUUCAUCGGCCAUAACGUGCAUGUCGGGCAGGUCCCUUUUCUCAAGUCGCCCGAGUCUAUCAGCGGCAGCUCUGUGGCCACUGCCAUCGCCGCCGGAACGGCUUCGCUCAUCAUUGCAUGUAGCCGGAUCUCCAAAAACAACGGGAAGAAGUGUAAUAAGCGAUGUGACCUCGUCACUAACAUUUUCCAAGAGAUGCUUGAAGGUCGAGAGGAGCUGAAGUAUGUUGUACUUGAGAAUCUUUGCGAGAAGGGGAAGAAACCUGAGAACCGCGACUUUCACGAAAUGGUGGAUAAUUCUUUUCCGAUGUUGGCAAAGCCGAAAUGA